UGCAUUGAGGGCGCGGUUGUCACCGAUCAAUCUCGGUUGCAUAUGUAUGUAUGUAAGUAGUUCAUCCUCAAAUUUUGUGGAUAUAGUGUAUGAUAUCUGACAGUGUUACCGUUAUUAUUAUUCUUGUCAAUUAUUGAAGUAUAGUGACUAUUCGCUAUAAUUACACGAAUAAACACAUGAAAAAGAUUUUUGUGCAAAAGAUCUAUUAAUAGUUAAAGAAUACUAAAAUCAAAACAUCAUUCAAGAUGACGUUCAUCACAAAAGCCAUUACUGAGAAGAAGGCGGAUAAAAAAGAACAAUCGUUAUUUGUUCAAAAAAAUCCAGCGGAAAAUGGUAAAAGAGAUGCAGAAGCACAGUGUUUAAAAUCUGAUGUAGGAGGUCAUUACUUUGUUUCUAAAAGAAGCAUAUAUCGUAUUCAUGUAACUGCAACAUUUUUAUUGUUUCUUGUUGCAUUAAUGAUUCUCAUAAUUGGAGUUAUUGGUGGAUUAUACAUAUAUAGACAAUAUGCAAGAACACAGAUGCAUAAGUUUAAAACUGGGUGGUAUAGCAUUCCUUAUGACAAGUCAAACAAACCACCUUAUGCCAAAGAUGCAGUACAUCAAGGCUUGAUAGCAGAUUCUGAUUUGAUUUUAAAAAGUUUGACAAGAGCUACAGAACGAGAAGCUAUGGAUAUUGAAAAAAAUGUAGAUAGUGAUAUUAGAAGCUUUUUUAAGGAGCGAUUUGAGAUUGAUUUGGAGAAUGAACAUUAUGAGAAAAUAGAUGUACCAGAUUUUCGUGGUGGACGUCAAGGUCGUUUUAUACAUGAUUUUAGUAUUAAUAAAACUGGUAUCAUUGAUAUUGAUGGAGAAUCUUGUUUUGUAAUGCCACUUAAUCGCCAAACAGUCUUACCACCACGUAACAUGUAUGAUUUGUUAAGAAAGAUGUAUAAUGGUUAUUACGAGGUAAAUACACAAAUUGUGCGUGAAACAAUGAAAGUAAUUACACCACCAAUUACUGAUUUAUCAGUUGUUGGAACAUAUAUUGCUCGUGAAUGUCAAGAUUUUCCUACAUAUAUGUUAACAAAAGUAACUUCAAAUGUUGUCAAACGUAGCAUAUCAAGUGGAGUAUUUGGACAAUUUGCUGGAAAAAAUAUCAUAGAAUUUGAUAUUUUGAAUUUAGAUGAUGUAUCUGAAUAUAAUAAGAAAAGUUCACAAAAUUGAAUAAAAGAAAUUUAUUAUUAUUUUAGAAUAUUUAUCAUUGUAGAUCAAUGUAUAAAAAUUAUAUCCAGCUCGGCAAACUUAGGACAUUCAUUAAGUCUUCCCAUCAUUUCCUAUCUUAGCUCCAAAUCAGUAAUGGUCAAUGGUGCUUAUUUGUAAGGUAGAAUGGCAUUUUUUCUUCAUUUAUUUACAUUUUAUGCUUAAAUUCUUUAUUAAAUAGUUCUAAUAAAAUGAUAGAUAUAAUUCAUGUUAAAAUCGUUGUAUAUCUAAUACAUAGUCAUACAAUUGAAUGACUACUAAUUGUACAAAGUAGUAAUUAUAUUGUUUUACAAAUCGUACUAAUUCUACAAAUCAUAAAUUAAAAUAUUUUUACGAAAAAUAAAACUACACUUUUCGCGAUCCAUAAUCAUAUAUUAUAAUUUAAGAAAUAAUUAAUGUAUCUUCACCUAAUGUUUGUUUUUCUGUUAUAUAGUAAGCGUGUUGUAGCAACACGUGAUAUAUUUGAAAAGAAAAUUUUAACAAUAAAAUAUGUAUUAAAAAUAAUAAAACAUGGAUAAUAAAGUUAUUGCGACCAGAUAAUAUUACAUUAAAAAUUAAAAUAUAUGAUUGAAUAAUUCUAUAUGAAAGUUUCUGUUACAUUCCUACUAUUUUAAUUUUAUUGAUAUAAAAGACUUAUGUAAAAGACUUAUAUGAAUUACAAAGAUGAUUAAUGA